ACUCUCCGGACGCGUCACCGCCCUCGUUUCCGACCGCCGGGAGACCGGCAGUGCUAUUAGUGCACGGCGGGGCCGCGGCGGAGGGCAGUACGGUGCUUGGUUCGCUGACUCAAGCCGGCAGGUCGGUGCGCUCGCUCACCUGAGCCGUGUCCCGGGGCCUCAGAGCCACCGGGCUGUACGCGUGCCACCGCCCGCCUAGAAGCGCUCGAAGAUGGGCAGCUGGAGAAGUUGACGAGCCCCCUACGCACGCGGCGCCCUUGCUGCCUAGAGGGGCUGCAGCCAGAGGUUUGCCGCGCGUGCCUGUUUGCCAAAGGAGCCGCCCCGGCGAGGAUCGCUGGAGGGGAGCCGCUUCAAGCGGGGAGACCCGCAGCCCAGACACGCGCUCUGAGCUGCCUGGAUGCGCAAGAGCCGGCCCCGCAGCCGCUGAAGGCCGGCGGCAGCGAAGUUUGGCUGCUGAGCGGCUCGGCGCCCGGCCCCUGGACAGACUGUCAGCCGGCGGCUACAACCUCCGGAGCGAUGCCCGUUGGGGGCCUGUUGCCGCUCUUCAGUAGCCCCGGGGGCGGCGGCCUGGGCGGUGGCCUGGGCGGGGGGCUUGGCGGCGGGAGGAAGGGGUCUGGCCCCGCCGCCUUCCGCCUCACCGAGAAGUUCGUGCUGCUGCUGGUGUUCAGCGCCUUCAUCACGCUCUGCUUCGGGGCAAUCUUCUUCCUGCCUGACUCCUCCAAGCUGCUCAGCGGGGUCCUGUUCCACUCCAACCCUGCCUUGCAGCCGCCGGCGGAGCACAAGCCCGGGCUCGGGGCGCGUGCCGAGGAUGCCGCCGAGGGGAGAGUCCGGCACCGCGAGGAAGGCGUGCCUGGGGACCCUGGAGCUGGACUGGAGGACAACUUAGCCAGGAUCCGCGAAAACCAUGAGCGGGCUCUCAGGGAAGCCAAGGAGACCCUGCAGAAGCUGCCGGAGGAGAUCCAAAGAGACAUUCUGCUGGAGAAGGAGAAGGUGGCCCAGGACCAGCUGCGUGACAAGGAUCUGUUUGGGGGCUUGCCCAAGGUGGACUUCCUGCCCCCCAUCGGGGUAGAGAACCGGGAGCCGGCUGAUGCCACCAUCCGCGAAAAGAGGGCAAAGAUCAAAGAGAUGAUGACCCAUGCUUGGAAUAAUUAUAAACGUUAUGCGUGGGGCUUGAACGAACUGAAACCUAUAUCAAAAGAAGGCCAUUCAAGCAGUUUGUUUGGCAACAUCAAAGGAGCUACAAUAGUAGAUGCCCUGGAUACCCUUUUCAUUAUGGGUAUGAAGACUGAAUUUCAAGAAGCUAAAUCAUGGAUUAAAAAAUAUUUAGAUUUUAAUGUGAAUGCUGAAGUUUCUGUUUUUGAAGUAAACAUACGCUUCGUUGGUGGACUGCUGUCAGCCUACUAUUUGUCCGGAGAGGAGAUAUUUCGAAAGAAAGCAGUGGAACUUGGGGUAAAAUUGCUACCUGCAUUUCGUACUCCCUCUGGAAUACCUUGGGCAUUGCUGAAUAUGAAAAGUGGGAUCGGGCGGAACUGGCCCUGGGCCUCUGGAGGCAGCAGCAUUCUGGCGGAAUUUGGAACGCUGCAUUUGGAGUUUAUGCACUUGUCCCACUUAUCAGGAGACCCAGUCUUUGCAGAAAAGGUAAUGAAUAUUCGAACAGUGUUGAACAAACUGGACAAACCAGAAGGCCUUUAUCCUAACUAUCUGAACCCCAGUAGUGGACAGUGGGGUCAACAUCAUGUGUCAGUUGGUGGACUUGGAGACAGCUUUUAUGAAUAUUUGCUUAAGGCAUGGUUAAUGUCUGACAAGACAGAUCUCGAAGCCAAGAAGAUGUAUUUUGAUGCUGUUCAGGCCAUCGAGACUCACUUGAUCCGCAAGUCAAGCGGGGGACUAACGUACAUCGCCGAGUGGAAAGGGGGCCUCCUGGAACACAAGAUGGGCCACCUGACGUGCUUUGCAGGAGGCAUGUUUGCCCUUGGAGCAGAUGGAGCCCCAGAACCCCGGGCCCAACACUACCUGGAACUCGGAGCUGAAAUUGCCCGCACCUGUCACGAAUCUUACAAUCGUACCUAUGUGAAGUUGGGACCAGAAGCGUUUCGGUUUGAUGGCGGUGUGGAAGCUAUUGCCACGAGGCAAAAUGAAAAGUAUUACAUCUUACGGCCUGAGGUCAUUGAGACGUACAUGUACAUGUGGCGACUGACUCAUGAUCCCAAGUACAGGACCUGGGCCUGGGAAGCUGUGGAGGCCCUAGAAAGUCACUGCAGAGUGAACGGAGGCUACUCGGGCUUACGGGAUGUUUACAUUGCCCAUGAGAGUUAUGACGAUGUCCAGCAAAGUUUCUUCCUGGCAGAGACACUGAAGUAUUUGUACUUGAUAUUUUCCGACGAUGACCUUCUUCCACUAGAACACUGGAUCUUCAACACUGAGGCUCAUCCUUUCCCUAUACUCCGUGAACAGAAGAAGGAAGUUGAUGUCAAAGAGAAAUGAAAGACGCUUUCUAUUUUACUCUGCUUCGUUCCCUCACUGCAUACCUUAAUAAUUCCUUUUCUAGUAAUCAGACAUAUAAUGAACUCUUAUUGAUUGGCAAAUGUCUAUGAUUCUCCUAAGUUCUAAAAUUGUUUUGCAGUCUUUUAUGUUUAGUAUCAUAAGCCUAAGUGGACCUCAAUUCCUUAUUUCACUAUUCAGCUAGUAGAUCCACAGAUUCUGCCUGUCUUUUUCUUUUUCUUAAGGAGUCUAUUGUUUCUGAAAUUCAUGAAGUUGCAACAUCAUUUCCAUAAUAGAACCAUCUACCAGUGACCUCUUGAUUAUGAUUUGAUUUGACUGCAAAACUUCUUCCUCCUCUAUGAGGAGAUGCUGUCUGCUUCGAGCUGUAAUGUUUUGCCAUGUUGCAAAAAGCCAUAAUAAUAAAUUAAGUAUU